AUGGACCUAGACACCCUGCAUACCGCGCCACAGCUCCAAGCAGAAGAUAAUCUUCAGUUUUAUCUUGAUAAACAAGCACUGGAACUCACCCCAGAUGGGAAGUUUAUUCGUUGGUCCACGAAGAACCACCGUCACCCUCGCCAUUGGUCUACAUCGAAGAAAGUAUACAAUAGCUUGUUGAUCGUCUGGCUGGAUUUCUUCACAACUGCAAUAAGCACGGCUGGAAGUGCAGUGGCCAAUGGCGCCCAGAAAGAAUACGGUGUUGCAAAAGCAUUAUCCGUAUUUCUUUUUGUUUCGGUAUACCUUCUAGGGCAGAGCGUAGGGGGCGUCGUCUUCCCUCCCUAUUCUGAAGUCUUUGGCCGGAAGUGGCUUUACAUUGGCUGCUCCGGACUAUAUACUAUAUUUUGUGCCCUAGUAGCAGCAGUACCGUCACUUGCAGCAGUUGUCGUUAGCCGUUUUGUUUGUGGCCUUCUAUCAGCAAUUCCUACCGUUGUCGUCUUGGGUAGCAUGGAGGACAUGUUCAACGCCAAAGAUCGAGUUUGGACAAUCUAUUUUUGGUCGACGGCUGGUAGUAUGGGUUUGGUUAUGGGCCCUAUAAUGAGUUCAUACAUCACUGUUGCCCUAGGAUGGCGAUGGACAUUCUACACCGGAGCAAUAGUUCUUGGUGUCACGACAGGCUUAAUGUUUACCCUUAGCGAAUCUCGGCCGUCGGUGCUUCUCGCUCAAGAAGUUUCUCGGCUGGGCAGACUCACCGGCAUCGAGAACCUUCGCUCGUUGAAUCCAGACCAUACCCCGGACCUGCGCAACUUUGCUCACGUGGCCCUCUUUAGACCACUCUAUCUUUUCUUUACUGAACCAAUCGUAUCCGUAACCUCGGUUAUUAGUGCUGUGUCCUCCGCACUUGUUUACCUUUUCACAGAAGCCCUAUCUCCAAUAUAUGAAUCGUUUGGCUUCUCCACCCAGUCAGCUUCAUUGCCAUUUAUUGCCAUUGGAAUCGGACUAUUAGCCAGUGGUUUCACUCGAAUACUUGAAACUCGGAUCAUUACAAAACAUCAGCGCCAGGGUCACCCGAUUACACCCGAACAUAAGCUCCUCGGAUUAUGCAUCGGCGCCCCUGUCCUUGCUGUUGGGCUAUGGUUGUUUGCGUGGACAAUUCCACCGCACAACCAGACCAUACACUGGAUUGUUCCGACUAUCGCAUUGGCUGUAAUCGGUUAUGCAGUGAAUGAACUAGAUACCUCACUUUCUGGAUAUUUAGCUGAUAGCUACCUGACUUACGCGUCAAGCGGAUAUGCCGCACUGUCACUACUCCGCUCUCUCAUGUCCGCGGUAUUCCCACUGUUCGCUGUCCAAAUGUUCAAAGGAUUGGAGGCGAAUAUGGCGGUUUCAGUGUUGGCGGCCGUGGCAACGGUGUUCUGUGUUGUGCCGCCUCUAUUCACAAGACACGGAAGUCGAAUUCGGGCAAGAAGCAAAUUCGCUAGGUAUAGCUUGCAGGUAUAUCGAGAUAACGCGGUUGAUGCAGACGGUCUCUAG